CGAGUCUCCGCGUCGUCACGUGCAGCACUGUCAAACAUGAGCGUACCGCCACGCUCUAGCCCGUGCUCUCGAUUUGUCAUCAUCAGUGACCAUAAUUGGGAGCCUCAGCGCUCCUAUGUCACCAUCAGGAAGGUUGACGCACUGUCCCCUCAGACGGCAACGACGCACCGGUGUCCAUGGCGUACCGACCACGCCCGUUGCCGACGCCUCCCACGGUCAAGGCACGAGCAUCUCCGUACGACGACGAUUAUCGAUACGAUUCAUUUCACCCUGAUGGAUAUCCCUACAUGGGCUCGCAAUUCGCACCGUAUUCCUAUCGACAACAGCCACCCCCCAUACCCACAACCCUGCGCGGUGGAACGCUUCUUCACAAGGGAUUCUAUGACCUUCUUUCCAUAAUCCCCACUCCAUCUGCCGCUGCUUCCCGCUUCCUAUGGGGAGCAGCAACGGGAGAACAGGAGCCGGUCGUCGCUGGGCCCAGGUACGAGGAAAUCAAGCCCGGACUCCCACCUACCACCGCAUCGCAACCCGUAUCCCCGCCAUCCCGAAAAGCCCGGAGAAUCAGCAAGGACAUGGUAUCUCGUCCUACCGGAUUCGUGCACCUUGUUCAUGCUUCCGAUGCAGACCAAUUCGAGGCUCUUCUCACUCGCUGGGGCCCCGAUGGCAUGGGCAAGUUAGGAGAUCCCCGGUGGGCAAACCCGAUCAAGAACCGAGUCCGACAGACCAACCAAGCCCGAGCUGUUAACGAGGUUGUCAAUGCGAUGAAGCCCUCGGUUGACAACGCUUACGAUGGUAACAUCCUGGGGCCCCUUCGAGUCGUCAACGGGGGCCCAAGUACCACGACCACUUCUUCGACGCUGACCACUGCGGCGCGUGAGAACUUCUUGACUCCGUCAUUGCCUUCACCCGAGAUUCUCGGCCGACCGGGCAACUCGACAAUCCGAUGGGCUGGAGGCCUCCAAGCACACCGAGAGGCGGACGAAACUGCUGCGCAUGAAUCUGAAGAAGCGCAUUUCGUUCCCCCGCCCCCGAAACCAAUCACACCUUCUCUCGCCACUUUAGAGAAGGCGGUCUCUGCUCGCAUCUACUUUGAGAAUCUGUACUUUCCCCUUUUCCGACAACCUUCUUCACGCGAACAACGCAGACUGGCGAUGGAACGUGAUAUGGCCGAAAUGAAGCUCAGUCACGCUCAGAAGGAGAACCUGCGCAUGCGGUGGUUCCAAAAUGAGUCGGAUUACCUUAGAGACAAGAGACGGCGGGUGGAUGUCACUGCGUUCAAGAAGCUGAAGACUAUCGGACAUGGAGCGUUUGGUGUGGUAUCGUUGGUCAAGGAGCAGUCGAGUGGAAAAUUGUAUGCCAUGAAGGAGCUGCGCAAAACGGACAUGCUUCGGAAAGGACAAGAGGGUCAUGUGCGAGCUGAGCGCGACAUUCUGAAGACUGCAUCUCUUGUCAACGCACCGGGGGGCGCGGAGUGGAUUGUGCACCUGUUCUACAGUUUCCAGGACCGUGACCACCUUUACCUGAUCUUAGAGUAUAUGGGUGGAGGCGAUCUGCUGAAUCUGCUGAUUGAGCGGGACGUGUUUGACGAAGGCUUCACUCGAUUCUAUGUGGCUGAGAUGAUUCUUGCGAUUGAAUCGUGCCAUAAGCACGGCUUCAUCCACCGUGACAUCAAACCAGACGUCUGCCAUGUCCCGCGUCCCUGCGUUUCUGCUGACAAUUUGUAGAACUUUUUGUUCGAUCCUUCUGGCCACAUCAAAUUGAGUGAUUUCGGACUGGCGACGGACCUGCACUGGGCUCACGACACAUCUUACUACGAGCAACAGCGCCUUCACCUGCUGCACAAGCAUGGUAUCGAUCUCGAGGACUCGAAUGGCAUUGCAGACGGCCGCAAGACCAGACGCAUGGAUCCCAAACAGAUUGAAUUGCUCAUGGGUGGAGGUGACGGCGAGGGCGGUAUUUUCACCUGGCGAGAGAAGAACCGCCGCAAGCUGGCCUAUUCUGUGUGCGUUCAAUUUUCAUUUCUGCUUGUCCAUACUCACGGACGACAAGCUGUGGCACAAACUCGUACAUGUCUCCCGAGGUAAUUCGAGGUCACGGUUAUUCUUACUCCUGCGAUUGGUGGAGUCUAGGUGUGAUCAUGUACGAAUGCCUAUACGGGUUCCCGCCAUUUGUUAGCAACUCUGUAUGUCUUUUCUGGGACGAUUGCACGUUUCUCAUCAACGCGCUCAGCGACACGUGACACGUCAGAAGAUCCUCAAUUGGAAACAAUCUCUACGGUUUCCAGCCCAGCAAGCAGUGUCGCGGGACGGAGUCAAUCUCAUGCAGCAGCUUCUGUGCGAACCGGAAGAUCGGAUUGGCUCCCAGACAUCAGUGUCAACCUCGAGACCUGACUCGAUGGUGACCCAAGCCCGUCGGAGUGCCUUUGUAGUCCCAGGAAGCUCCCUUGACGGGGCCGAACUGAUCAAGGCUCAUCCUUGGUUCCGGGGAAUCGACUGGAUUAACAUCCACCGAUACCCUGCACCGUACCAUCCAGAACUGCGAGCACCGGAAGAUACUCGUCACUUUGACCCGGAUAUUCCGCCCGAGCCACUUGCCCCGGCCAACGGGGCACCCCCUGAUGCGACGCGGGAUCCUCUGCUGCGACACGCAGUCCACGGAGCAGAGAUCCUCGAUGUGCGCAAGGCUCUGGCCUUUGCCGGAUUUACACACAAGAGUCCCCGGGUCAUCAGCAAUGUGCGGGCCGACAAGAUGUUCGAACCACAGCCCAAUUCGUACGGCCAGACCCCGCACGAGCCAUCGUAUGGCCAGGGGACCGUCCGAGAACGCGGUCGCUCGGCUCUGCGCGAGCCCAAACAAGGCGGGCGCGCUAUCUCCUUGUGAUGACAUAUACCCAAACCAGUCUUAUUUAAUGCUAAUCUUAUCUCCUUUGUAUACAAACUAGGUGCUACAGAUAAUAAAUAUGCGACAUAAAUAGGCCAAUAAAUACACGGCGACUGAAUUAGAAGCGGCCGUCGUCAGACGAAACGCUCCCGCUGCGGUAACCAGAGCUCGACCCAGAUGCGCUGCUCAGACGACGGUGGUGAGUCCAUCUCGCGGAAGACAUGCCCUCCUCGCUCGUGCCCUCCUCGCUCAUGGGAUUGGCGUGUCCUCUCGCAUGUCUGCGCAUGUUGCUCAAAACACUGAAUCUCCGCGAGCAGCC